AUAAACUGUCAACAAGCCAAAUCAACCGCUGUGUAUCAUUGUCCUUUGCAACAAUAUUAUAAGAUUUGUAUUACUUUUGCUUAUCAAUUUAUACCGAAGGUGAUGCCAAAAAAAGGACGAAAGUCUCGCAACCAUAAAAUCGGUGAUGUGACUAUCAAAGAGUUCGCCGAUUCAAACACAAGUACAAAUCGACCCAAGAAAGGGGCUCUGGGUCUAGGAGUCAAAGAGAAAAUUUUGGAUACGCUCGCCGAUAAUGUGGUUGACGAUGAAGACUUGGAUGAAGCGAAGAUGUUGAAGAAACGCACCAAACCAGGCAAUACUACAGAUGAAGGUCACGUCUAUUCUAAUUAUCCCGUCGACAUUUGGUUCUCAAUUGCUCAGCGCAUCCAUCCGGAAGAUGUUGGCCGAUUUUCACUGAUAUGCCGAACCACAGCAUCGAUAUGUGCGUCUCCCGGUUUUUGGUUUUCACUCUACAAACGAUACUUCAGGAGCGCCCAUGAAAAAAUUGUACCGGUUCGACUGCAACCAGAUUGUAUGGUUAGAUUGCACGGUCUACGUGCUUGUGUGAUUCGAUCGUUAUUCUUUACAUACAAACCAUUCGUGGAUAGGCUACCUGCACUGGCUCAACAAGAUUUCCACAACUUGAAAUCACUUUGGAUUGUCGGCAGCUGGGUUGCAACGGAUAAACUCGACUGGACUUUCUGUUAUAAGUUGCGUGCAGGCCUGGCGACACAGACCGAUGACAGUGAAAGGAGUGACGGUGAUUCGCUGAACAAUUUUCGUGACAUACAUUUCAAUCCAGAAAGGGGCUGUAAAGUACUUGUUGUUACAACUACAAAAUACUGUCCAUUACCGGACCUCAGGGGGAACACUUCUUAUGUGCUGAAUUCUAUUAGUCAUACGCUGACCACAAAUUUACGAGACUACAGACUGACGUUGGUCUUCAGUAAUUAUCAGAAGCAAAAGGUCCAUAGCACCGUGAUAACGGUUGCUUAUGAACCAGUUUCGCUUGUACAGGUGCUGGAUUGGUGGACGCCGGCUUAUAAUGAAUUGAAAUAGAUGUUAAAUUUGAAGUUA